AUGGGUGAUUACUUGACUCCAACGGAGUUACCUUCUCCCAAAUUAAAGAGAACCAAUACGGGGUUCACUCCUAACCAAAUUUUGGCUUAUGAUGCCCAAAUCCCAGAAACAGCAAAGUCAGUAUGGAACAAAUAUUCUCAAUUGAAGCCUUUGAACCAUUCUGUAAAUAGUACAAACUAUGAAGAGAAGAAGAUGGAAAACUCUGCUGUCUACAACAAAGAUAAGUUUGAAGAAUCCUUUGUCAGACAUGUUGAAUCCGAUUUGGCCCGUAAUAUGUUCAACUGUGACGAUUUGGGAGCUUAUCAAGCUGCUUCUAACGCCAUUAGAGAUUCUGUUUUGGUUGAUUGGGCCAACACCCAACAACAACAAACUAUCCAUGAUGGUAAGCGUGUCUACUAUUUGUCAUUAGAAUUCUUGAUGGGUAGAGCUAUGGAUAACGCCUUAAUUAACUUGGAUGCCAGAGAUCAAGUUGCUGAAGCUAUUGGAAACUUGGGUUUCAACUUGGAAGACGUUUUGGAACAAGAACCAGAUGCUGCUUUAGGUAACGGUGGUUUAGGUAGAUUGGCUGCUUGUUUUGUUGACUCUAUGAGCUCCAGAAACUACUCAGCUUGGGGUUAUGGUUUAAACUACCAAUACGGUAUCUUUAAGCAAGAAAUUAUCGAUGGCUACCAAGUUGAAACUCCAGAUUACUGGUUGAAAUAUUCUAACCCUUGGGAAGUGAUGAGAAGUGAAAUUCAAAUUCCAGUUGACUUUUAUGGUUAUGUCUACGAACACUAUGACACCAAUACUGGUAAGCCUAAAAAGAUUUGGCAAGGUGGUGAAAGAGUUAUUGCCGUUCCUGCUGAUUUCCCCAUCCCCGGUUUCAACACUACAAACACCAAUAACUUGAGAUUGUGGAACGCUAAGCCAACAAUGGAAUUUGACUUCUCCAAGUUCAACAACGGUGACUACCAACAAUCUGUUGCAGCCCAACAACGUGCUGAAGCAUUGACAUCUGUCUUAUAUCCUAAUGAUAACUUUGAAAAGGGUAAGGAAUUAAGAUUGAGACAACAAUACUUUUGGGUUGCUGCUUCUUUACAUGACAUCAUUAGACGGUACAAGAAGAACCACAAGGAUUGGGACAACUUAUCUAAUCAAGUUGCUAUUCAAUUGAACGAUACUCAUCCUACUUUGGCUAUUGUUGAAUUACAGCGUAUCUUGGUUGAUUUAGAAGGUUUAGAAUGGAAUGCUGCCUGGAAGAUUGUUCAAAGAGUCUUUGCAUACACUAACCACACUGUCAUGACUGAAGCAUUAGAAAAAUGGCCUGUUGAUUUGGUUGGUAGAUUAAUUCCAAGACAUUUGGAAAUUAUCUAUGAAAUCAAUUAUUUCUUCCUUAAGGAUGUUGAAGCCAAGUUCCCUGGUGACCGGGAUUUGUUGUCCAGGGUUUCUAUCAUUGAAGAAGGUCAAGUUAAGUCUGUUAGAAUGGCAUACUUGGCUAUUGUUGGAUCUCACAAGGUUAACGGUGUUGCUGAAUUACACUCUGAGUUGAUUAAAACGACUAUUUUCAAGGAUUUUGUUAAGAUCUUUGGACCAGAGAGAUUUACCAACGUUACAAACGGUAUCACCCCAAGAAGAUGGUUGAGACAAGCUAACCCUAAGUUGGCUAAGCUAAUUUCUGAAAAGUUGAAUGAUCCAAAGUAUGAAUACUUGACUCAUUUAGGUAACUUGAAGAAAUUGGAAAACUUUGUUAACGAUGAAGCUUUCUUGAAGGAAUGGGAUGAUAUUAAGUUUGAUAACAAGAGAAAGUUGGCUGCUUUGAUUAAGGAGACUACUGGUGUUGAAGUUGACCCCAAUGUAUUAUUUGAUAUCCAAGUUAAGAGAAUCCAUGAGUACAAGAGACAACAAUUAAACAUUUUUGCUGUUAUCUACAGAUACUUGCAUAUUAAGAAAUUGUUGGCCGAAGGCUUAUCUGUGCAAGAAAUUGCAGAAAAGCAUUAUAUUCCAAAGGCUUCUAUCUUUGGUGGUAAGGCAGCACCUGGUUACUACAUGGCCAAGAUUAUUAUCCACUUGAUCAACACGGUUGGAGAAGUCGUCAACAAUGACCCAGAAAUUGGUAACUUGUUGAAGGUUGUAUUUAUUCCUGAUUAUAAUGUUUCAAAGGCUGAAAUCAUUAUUCCAGGUUCUGAUUUAUCUAAUCACAUUUCUACAGCUGGUACUGAAGCUUCAGGUACUUCUAACAUGAAGUUUGCUUUGAACGGUGGUUUAAUUAUUGGUACUGUAGAUGGUGCUAAUGUUGAAAUCACCAGAGAAAUCGGAGAAGAGAAUAUUUUCCUUUUUGGUAACUUGGCUGAAAGUGUUGAUGAAUUAAGACACAAGCAUUACUAUGAAGGAGUUAAAAUUCCUGAAUCCAUGCAAGAAGUUUUCAAUGCCAUUGAUACUGGUAUGUUUGGUCUGCCAGAAGAAUUCAAGUCAUUAUUGGAUUCCAUCAGAUAUCAUAGUGAUUACUACUUGGCUACUGAUGACUUUGACUUGUUCUUGGAUGCUCACAAGAAGUUGGAGAAGAUGUUUGGUUUGGGUAGCGGUGAUCCAACUCAUUUGCGUGAAUGGGUUCCAAAGUCUGUGUUAUCAGUUGCUAACAUGGGAUUCUUUUCUUCUGAUAGAUGUAUUGAUGAAUAUGCUGAGAAUAUUUGGGAUGUUGAACCUUUGAAUGUUUGA